CACAGCCAGUCGACUUUCUUUUAGUCAAGUGAAGUGUACGUGUAGUAAUUAUCGGUCUUUCAUCCUCCAGAUAAACCAGCCGUUAGUUAAUUUGUGAAUUACUCUUGCAAUAAUUGACGUCUCUCUGGUAUCGCCUAGGUACAGAUAUUGGAAUUAUCUGCGAGUUAAACUCGCAUCACAAAUACCUGUUAAAUAUUUUAACUGAAGGAUUUGACAUAAGGACAUAAGGCGUGUUCCCUUACUAAUUAGCGUAAUUCCAACUGAGCUGUCAGUUUAUUUUCAAUUUGUUAGGUGAGGUUUUCUGCGCCAAAUUUGAAAAAAGUUACUAGAGUGCUGUUGAAAUACCAAAUGCGUUUGUUUUGGGCAAAAUAGUAGUAAAUGCCGAAUAUACAGGGUGUUCCUAGGUGGUUUGCUUUUCUACUAUGCAUAUUGCAAACAUUUUUGUUUUGGAUUUUGGAAAUAUAUAAAAAAAUGUGCAAAAAUUGAUGGGAAACAUGUUGAAAAUGUGUAGGAAAUAGGCAGGGAUUAUAGAAAUGUUGGAAAAAUUUGACAACGUUUCUAGAAUAUUUGUAGAAUUUUCAAAAUGCUGCCGACAUCUUGAAAAUGUUUCAUAAUCAUUGGAAAUUUGUGCGAAUUUUUGAAAAUGUGUCAGAAACGUGUAGAAAUUUAAGAAGAAAGAAGGAUUUUUUGUAAAAUAAAAAAAGGAACAAAAUAAAUGGAACCUCAAUUGAUCAUAACAGUUCAUAUACUUCUUUUGUAGCGUUUUAUAAUGGUCGGAUGCUCCGCCGUUGGGUGUACGAAUAGAAGUGAGCAGGGAUACGUUAUGAAGGUGUUCCCCAGGGACCCCGAAAGAAGAAAACAAUGGGUCGCGAAAGUUAGAAGGAAGAAUUGGACACCUACGAACAGCACAUUUCUCUGCGAAACACAUUUUGAAAGCGACAUGUGGGAAAAAACGAGGGUUGAUGGAAAGCGAAAGCUGAGACAUAAUGCGGUUCCUACGCUUUUCAGUUUUGUCAAACGAAAAAUUAAGCCACCACCCGCAACUGCGCCCAAUGACGACUUGAACGAGAACCUGAGUAACUUCAUUGCCAAAUUGGAGGUGGAGAGUGUGAACAUCAGCCCCGAACACAAGCCAGAGAUCGCCGUAGAAAUCCACGAGUUACCAACCGUCCCAAAAAUACACAGCUACGCCGAAAAUGGCACGUGGAAUCAUUGGGCCGUGACGCGAAACAAGAAAAAUUCGCCCUUGCGGAAGAAACGAAUGCAAAAGCCGUACAGCACGGAGAGCAUCAACAAGAAAUAUACGGAUUUGGUCGACGAACGGAACGAGCUCGUGAAGUUGCAGGUUGCGGUGGCCCGAAGGGAGUUGGACAUCCUGAACAACGAGGAGGCUCACAAAGAGGAGAUGAGGAAAUUAGAACGGCAGAGGCUAUUGAAACGAAUUGAGUUUGACGCGGAGGAGCACAAAUUAAGGGUUGAUCUUUUAAAAAAACAAACUAGUAUCUAAGUAGCUUUGUAUUACGUUGAGAAAUAUUCAAUUAGUUGUCUUUGUACUUGUGUACUAUUACCGAGCAGUAUUACAUCAUUUUCGAUUUC